AGUCAAGAGUCUAUGUUUUUAGCUUGGUUUGAAUGCAAUAAAAAGUACCCACAUGCUAGAACAUUGACUUAUGCUGAGUUGCCUACGCAUUUUGUGUGGAAAAGGGAAAAAAAUUUCUGGUCUCCGCGAAUAAAACAAUUAUCAGUUGGAAGGUUGGAUUAUGUGCCACCUGGUGCUGGAGAAUUGCACUAUUUAUCUAUCAUGCUUCAUCAUAGUCGGGGACCAUUAUGCCAUGAAGAUAUAAGAACCAUUGGCAACAUCGUAUAUCCAACUUUUAAGGAUGCAUGCUAUUCGUUGGGCCUCUUGGAUGAUGAUAAAGAAUACAUUGAUGGCAUUAUAGAGGCGAGCUUUUGGGCUUCUCCACAAUUUCUAAGAAAACUCUUUGCAUCUCUAUUAUUUUCGGAUAGUGUCUCCAGACCAGAAUAUGUGUGGAAAAAUACAUGGAGUGUUUUGGCCGAUGAUAUCCUAUACAGACAACGUAAACUUCUUGGAAUUCAAGGUAAUAUA